AUGGGUCAUAAAGCUAGUAAACAGAAAAAAGAUUUAACAAAUUUAUCAGAAGACGAAAUUGAACGUUUAACUAAAAAUACUACGUAUUCAAAACAACAAAUUCACGAUUGGCAUCAGGGAUUUCUUCGCGAUUGUCCUACUGGUAAACUUGAUAGUAAAAAGUUUUUGGAAGUGUACAAGAAAUUUUAUCCCGAAGGCAAAGCUGAAAAAUUUUGUAGUCAAGUUUUUAAAACUUUUGAUGCUGAUGGAAAUGGUUACAUAGACUUUGUUGAAUUUCUUAUUGCUGUGAAUAUCACAUCUCAUGGUGAUGUUCGAGAAAAACUUCGAUUGGCUUUUGACAUGUACGAUAUGAAUAAAAAUGGAAAGGUAAAUAAUAUCUUAGUUAUAUUUCAAUAG